UGGUGUAUUGUGCAGUGAUAGCUCGAGCACGUGACAGCGCGUGCGUGUCGCGCUUUCGGACAAAGCAAAGUUCCACAGGAAUUCGGUCGACAAGAACCUUGCAGUGCUUCUGAGUCUCUAUGAGGAACUCUUUUCCAGCAUCAGCGGAGCUGUUAUCAACCUGGCAAGUCGGCAAGCCGGCAACCUGGCGGCGGCUUUCCUGCCGCUAGGCAUCGGUAGCUUGCCACUGCAUCUAUCCCUGGAUGUCCGUUUGCUGCACGAUCAGUGAAGAUGCCGUCGGAAACCCUCCCUCAAGCCGAGAAGGCAGCCUUGGACGGAGCCAAUGAGUCGCAAGACACCCUGGUCAUCGCGCAUUGCCUUAUGAUGAAUUACGGUGUCGGCCUGAGAAGCAAUUCGUCACCAGCAGGAGAACCACGGUCGCUCCCUUCACCCAAGCGAAGCCGCCCGCCCAGUGAAAUAGACAGAAUAAACAACCCGGAUGACACGGACAAAGUGAACGAGCAGACGCGGGGCACGCGUGGCGUCGACAGCCAGAACCAGGCGUCGUCUAUUCCUGAGACCCAAGACGUCGGCGUUGACAAAGGAUCAAGGGCAGCAGUUGUUCCGCCAGGCUGCGAUGCGGCUGAUGAGGAUGGCGUCGUGGAGACUCUGAACCUGUCGGACACCUUUCCCCAGCGCCUCGACCAGCCGCCCGAUCCUUUAUCGGGAGCUGUUGGUGUGCCUGAAAAGCAGACGAUGGAUUCGACUCAGUCCACUCAAACCAAUGUUGGUCGGAGUUACGACCAGUACACUCGAGGUCAGGGCUCACCUAAACCUGUUGGGGGCAGUUCUCCGCGCCAUGGCGCUGUCGGUGAUGCUGAUGACACGGAUGCUGGCCGCUUCGACUUCACUACUGUUGAUACCAAUAAAACGGCCUCACCAGGCCAAGACGACUUGGGCUUUGUAGUCUUUGGGAGCCUCGCUCAUCUACGGCGCGCCGGGUCUCUGCAGAAGACGGGCCAGUCGCCGACUCAGCAUUUGCCAGAGACACCCGCCCAACCGCAGAACCCUUUUCGCCACAGCCGCUCUCAACUUCUCCCGACCUCCCAGCUUUUCCAGGGCACACAAUUCUCAUCGCCACUCAAACUCGCCAGCCCCACCUCGUCGCGGCCCUCACCAGCCGACUUUCCGGGUAAUUCUAUCUCUCCGAACCCCGUGGUCUCGUCCCCGCUCAAGGCUCGUGGUCUACGUUCUUCACCCGUUGUAGACUUGACCUCAAGCCCAGAGAUCCUGCCGGGGACCGCCUCCUCAAGGUUCGACGGUAGCGAAUCCAACCCUGUUCAAACUGCAUCAACCGAAAAUGGCAUCGUUCCAGAGUCCUCCCACGAUCUCCGCACUAUGAAGAAACCAGGCCCGGAACCUAUGACCACGUAUGAGCCCAUGCGCGAAUCUCAACAAAGGCGCUCAUCUUCCGAAGCCCGCUCUGAUCCCGAUAAUUCCGGCGAGGACGACGAUGGGUAUGAUUCGCUCGUCAGACGGAGGAAAGCCAAAUUCAAGAAAGAAGCUGCACUGAAGCAGUUGACCGCUAUCAGUUUUGCUCGUCGGUUCAAGUCAGAGGACGUUGAAGUGCCCUCAACGAGCCGUCGCAAGCGCACGAGUGAACCAGAGGCUCACUCGGGUAAGAGCCAUGGACAACACCUAACCCGAAAUGAUUUGGAAGAUGCGGAUGCUGUGCAAGAUUCCCAGGAGCGUCGUCCCCCAGGCCUUCAACAUCGCACCGCUGAGGACGAGGACUCGACCCAGUCAGACGAGGAAGACGAAGUUGAGCCGGUGAUCGACCCAAUGCCAACCGCAAUGCCUCUUCUUCCGAGAUCGUCGACGAGGUCGGCUAACCAACCCGCCCGAGACUCCGGCAUCGAAGGUACGUCCAAUGGAGAAGCCAUACCGGAGACAAGCCCCGUUAGCAAGCUCCCUGGCCCUACCGCCGAGUCACGGCCUUCUGGAGAGGCCCCUAGCUCAGGAGCAAAGUCGACCCCGAAUAUUCCGUCUUCUCCGCCGGCGUUGAGAGUAAGGUCGAGAAACGGCACGGCUCGAAGGGUGUUCGCCCGUGAGUCGAGCCCAACUUCAAGUCUGAGCAACCUGGCAUCGACUCCCCAGCUACCCUCCAGCAAUACUUCCGAAACUGCUAGCACCUUUCCCGCAGGGUCUCCGACCGGUUCUACCCUAAUCGCCAGUUCCUCGCCGGCUGUUGCCCAUGCGAAGCGACGUGAUGCGCGGGGAAGGCUACCGAGACCGAAAACCAGCUCGACCGAGAGCCUCAGACAGUCUGUCAGGGUGGCUAGACGGGAUUCUAAUUCUAACUCGACUGACGAGUUGUCCAGGCCCGUAUCGGCAACGCCUACUUUCGAGCAGAGCAUGCGUGUCUCCCGGCUUUCCGUGUCUAGGUCAGCAUCCCGAAUGGGCCGUACAGCCAUGAAGCCGCCAGCGGUCCAGCGGGACCAGAAACUAUUUGAUAACAUGGCGUUUGCAAUAUCGUUCCAGUCCAGGAAACCCGGUGAAACCAACGAGCAAUACAUUGCACGCACUGACUACUCGAUCAUGGUCAAAAAACGGAUUAAACAGGCUGGCGGUCGGGUUCUGGAGAACGGUUUCGACGAGCUUUUCGAAGUCUCAACUAUUGGACCUUUGUCCAGCAGCCCUAUGUCCAACGCAGGUACCGAAGGGGAGAUCAGCCUCACUCCUGAUGGUCGUUCCACUGGAUUCACCGCUCUGAUCGCAGAUGGGCACUCCCGCAAGGUGAAGUACAUGCAGGCUCUAGCCCUUGGGAUCCCAUGCAUUGCUGCCCGUUGGGUGACGACAUGUUUGGGUCGGAAUGAGCUUGUGGACUGGUCGCCAUACCUCUUGUGCGCUGGCCAGUCUGCUUUCCUUGGGGAUGCCAUACGAUCCAGGAGUUUGACACCAUACGAUGCGACGACGGCGAGACUGGCCGACGUCAUCAGCCAGCGAGAGAAGCUGCUGGAGGGAAGCAGGAUCUUGACUGUGAUGAGGAAGUCAUCAGAGGGGAAGAAGAUGGCCUACGUGUUUCUCGCGCGUGUGCUGGGUGCAUCGCUGACCCGUGUGCGCAGCGUCGAGGAGGCAAGAGCGGAAAUGAAGGCCGCUGAGGAAUCGGGACGCCCGUUUGACUGGGUUUAUGUGGAUGGGAAGCCAGAUGAGGAGGCACUGUUUGCUAGCGGCCCCGCCGGCGGGAAGAAGAGGAAAAGGACUUCAUGGAUGGCCGCCCAUCCGGUGAAGCGGGUUCGAACGCUGAAUGACGAGUUGGUAAUUCAGAGUUUGAUCCUCGGUCGACUCAUCGAGGAAGGGGAGAUGGAAGGAUGAAUCCGUGUGCGCAGAGUAACUUGCUUUUUGACAUAGCAUGGGCGUUGGAAGAUGCACGGGAUGGCCUUUUUGGGAAGGGCCAGGUUGGGUGAUGACUCUCAGCCAGCGGCUCGCUAUGGUAAUGGAUGGACAUGGGGCACGAUUGACGGCGAAGCGGAGAAACGGGCUGUAUUUCCGAGACGGUACCGGUGUGUUUUGGGCCAUAUUCUGAUAACAACCCCAAUCUCAAGUGGCAGCACGGACAGUGUCGGUACGCUGCCCAUGAGACUCGAGCUGAUG